AUGUCUGAUCAAGAGGAAGCUCAGCCUAAUUGCGCUGUUGAAAUGGCCGAGUCUGGUGAUGUUUUUCUAGUCGUGGGCCCGGAGAAGCUUGAGUUGCGUGUCCAGUCGCUCAUUCUCAAAGCAACAUCGAAAACAUUUGCUGCCAGGUUGGGGCCAAAUUGGACAAAGGGCCACGAACAGCCUAGUCCAGAGAAGCCAAUGGAGAUACACCUCCCUGAAGACAAUGCCGUCUCUCCAAAAUACAUUUGUGCGGUUACCCAUUCUCGGAGCCAAAUGAUUCCCAAGGAUCUCUCGGCACAGGACAUUCUCGACAUUGCAAUCGUGGCUGACAAGUACUUUUUUGUUGACGCUUUGGAAAUGGCGAACCGAUCCUGGCUUCGUGUUUGUGACAAAAUGAAGCGGGAGAUAUGGCUCUCAUGGCUGCAGCAUACGUAUUUCGGAAUGCGCAAGCUUUCAGACAGACUUCUAAGGCUCUCGUUAUGGAUUAUGCUGGUUCUUACCUUGACAUUUAUACCGAGAAGAUCGAAGAGAUACUGGAUUGGAGCUUGA